AUGGCGGAUCUCGCCGCCGCUGCGGCGGCCCCUCCCCCGGCCACGGACCUCUUCGGGGAGCCGAUCGAGGCGCACCCUCCCUGGUUCAAGCCCGACGCCUUCCUCCGCGCGGGCUUCGACCCGGACGCCUACGUCGCCGAGCUCCGCUCCUACGUCCCGCUCGAGAGCCUCGCCGCCGAGCUCCGCGCCCACCUCGCCGCGCUCCGCGCCGAGCUCGUCGGCCUCAUCAACCGCGACUACGCCGACUUUGUCGGACUCAGCGCGCGCCUCAAGGGCGUCGACGCCGCCGCCGCAAGGAUGCGCGCCCCGCUCGCCGACCUCAGGGACAAGGUCGCCGCCUUCCGCGCCGGCGCCUCCGCCGCGCUCGCCGCGCUACGGGCGGGACUCGAGCAGCGGGCCGCCGCCACCGCCGCGCGCGAGCUGCUGGAGCUCCUGCUCGACACCUCACACGUCGUCUCCAAGGUUGAGAAAUUGAUCAAGGAACUACCAACUGCACCAUCAGAUUCAUUGAAUGCUGAAGUUCCUAACAAUGACACUGGAACGCCAAAUGGGGAGGCUGGGACAGGUGUCAGAGAAACACAGAGCAUUCUCUUAGAAAGAAUUGCCAGCGAGAUGAACCGGCUUAAAUUCUACAUCAGUCAUGCACAGAACCUCCCUUUUAUUGAGAACAUGGAGAAGAGGGUCCAAGGUGCUACGAAACUGCUUGAUGGUAGUUUGGAGUGCUGCUUUGUGGAUGGUCUGGAACACCGUGAUGCUAAAGUUAUAUACAACUGUUUGCGUGCUUAUGCUGCAAUUGACAAUACAUCAUCAGCCGAAGAGCUUUUCCGUACAACAGUGGUGUCUCCAUUGAUUCAGAAAAUAGUCCCUCAAAAUUAUGUGAGGGCUGUUGCUGGGGCAUCAUCUGAUGAACUGGAAGAUGAUUAUCGACAUAUAAAAGAAUGUGUAGAAAAAGAUUGCAAAUUUAUAUUGGAAAUAUCUUCAUCUGAAAACUCUGGAUUGCAUGUUUUUGAUUUUUUGGGUAAUUCGAUACUCAAAGAAGUCCUUUCUGCAAUCCAGAAAGGCAAGCCUGGGGCCUUUUCUCCUGGAAAGCCUAAAGAAUUCUUGAGGAACUACAAAGCAAGUUUAGGAUUUCUUGAUUUUCUUGAAGGUUACUGCCUCUCCAAGUCUGCUGUAAUGAAGUUCCGCUCUGAGCCUGCUUACACAGAUUUCAUGCGGCAAUGGAAUGUUGGUGUCUACUUUUCAUUGCGAUUUCAGGAAAUUGCGGGUGGCCUUGAUUCUACUCUUACAAACACCUUUAGUCCUACUGGAUCGAAUGAGGCUCAAGGGAAGCCAUUGCUCUUGAAGCAAAGUAUUAAGCUCUUAGAAAGUUUGGAGUCAUGUUGGAGUGAUGAGGUUCUUUUAUUCUCGCACUGUGAUAAAUUCCUUCGUUUGUCCUUGCAGCUUAUUUCAAGGUAUACAACAUGGCUUUCAUCUGGUUUAUCUGCACGUAAAGCUUCUGAUGGGAGCCCAAAUUCACCUGCAGAUGCUGAAUGGGCACUGUCUAUACCUAUAGAAGAUUUCAUAUAUAUAAUGCAUGAUGUGCAUGCUGUAAUUGGUGAGCUUUCAGAAUCAGGCAGCUUUAUUGGACAUGUGAAUCAGUUGCUAGGAUCAUGCCCCAUUGAAGUACUUAACCUUGUGAAACAAUGUAUACUGCAAGCUGUCGAACCUUUAAAGGAGGUGUUACCUGCAAUAAUGAAUGUCAUGAUUGGAAUCAUAGUUAAGAAGUCUAAUGAGGACCUGAAGCACCUGAAAGGAAUAACAGCGACAUAUAGGAUGACGAGUAAGCUUCCAGUGAGGCAUUCUCCAUAUGUAUCAGGAAUUUUACAUCCACUGAAGGUGUUUCUUGAAGGGGAGCGUAUACACUAUCUAUCAGAAGAUGAUAAAACUAAGUUGUGUCGAGGGUCUACAGAUAAGAUUACUGCAAUUUACUAUGACUUGGUUUCUGAAGUUGUCACUGUGGCAAGGAAAACCGAGUCUUCAUUGCAAAGACUGCGCCAAGGUGCACAAAGGCGAGUAGGAGCUAGUACAGAUGCCUCAGAUAACAUCAUAUCUGAUACAGACAAGAUCUGUAUGCAGCUAUUUCUUGAUAUUCAGGAGUAUGCACGAAACCUUCGUGCGAUAGGAAUAGAUGCGAGAGAAAUUGAUUCCUACAGAGCUCUAUGGCAGUGUGUUGCCCCAAAAGACAAACAAGAGAACAUUCAGUUUUGA